AUGGACACACCAAAACAAAGAUCGAGAAAAUGUCUCAAAAUAUGUUGCGGCUUAACGGUUGCACUAAUCGUCAUUUUCAUCAUUGUUUCUACCAUCUUGUAUUUCACAGUCUUAAAACCGAAAGACCCACGAAUCACUGCCCACCCGACAAAACUUGAAAACGUGCAAUUCCAACUCAUACCAAAUGUAAGCAUAAAUGCAACCCUAGUUUUAACAUUAACGAUUGAUAACCGUAAUUAUGGAGGGUUUAAGUUCAAGGACUCCAUUGCAAAUGUUUAUUACCGAGGAAUGUUAAUAGCUGAGGUCCCCGUUGAGCAUGCACAAGUUCCAGCUCGUGGUAGUUUUACCUUGACUACCUCUGCAAAUAUUACAGGGGGUAAAUUGGCGACAGAUCCUAAUUUUUACAGUGAUAUAGGUUCUGGUUGGCUUAAUUUUACCUCGACUUCAACAAUGCAUGGAAAGGUAACUCUUUUAAAGAUAGUUGGGGUUAAAGCUAAAGUUGAUAAUUUGUGUGAUAUCUCUGUCGACAUUUUGAAGCUAGAAGUUGAUCCCAAAUGCCAUUCCAAAGUAGAAUUCUAA